AUGCACAACGUCCUGCUUUCAGCCGCAUUGGUGGCAUCUGCCACACUUUCUCUCGCUGCACCUGCAGAGGUUGCCGGACGCAAGGCUUUCAGCAUUCAACAACAGCCACAUGGCAAAGUCUUGAAGAAUGGACCCAUUCAGCUCAACAAGGCCUACCAAAAGUACGCCAAGGUGGGCGCCGUUGCACCAACAGAAGUUCGUGCUGCUGCCGCAAGCGCUUCCCAGACUGGCAGUGUCAGCGCAUCUCCGGAGCAAUACGAUCAAUCAUAUCUCUGCCCAGUGACUGUUGGCGGCAGGACUCUGAAUCUCGACUUUGAUACCGGCUCAGCUGAUCUGUGGGUUUUCUCCACUCUCAUGGCUACGAGCGAGCAAAGUGGACACUCAGUCUACAACCCGAGCACAUCUGGCAGAAGACUAAGCGGCGAGACCUGGGACAUCAGCUAUGGUGACGGAUCCGGUGCCUCCGGUGUCGUCUACGCUGAUAAGGUUGUGGUUGGUGGAGUGACUGCUACGUCUCAAGCUGUCGAGGCCGCCACCUCUGUGUCCGCAGCCUUCUCUCAGGAUGUCGAUAAUGACGGUCUGCUUGGACUUGCUUUCAGCUCGAUCAACACGGUUUCUCCGGACAAGGCUACCACAUUCUUCGAUACUGUCAAGAGCUCCCUUGCCAAGCAGCUCUUCACUGUCGACCUGAAGCACAACACUGCUGGUACCUACGACUUUGGCUACAUCGACUCCAGCAAGUACACUGGCUCGAUUGCAUACACCAGCGUCGACACCUCGAACGGAUUCUGGCAAUUCACCGCAGGCGGUUACUCUGUCGGAUCUAGUACCACCACCUCCGGCUCUGUCGGCAGUGCCAUUGCUGAUACCGGUACCUCGCUCCUCUACCUCCCAUCCGCCGUCACUUCAGCAUACUACGCCAAAGUCUCUGGCGCCAAGUACGACUCGAACCAGGGCGGCUACGUUUUCUCCUGUAGUGCCACUCUCCCCAACUUCAAUGUCAAAAUCGGUAGCCAGGUUUUCACGGUUCCUGGAAGCUUGAUCAACUAUGCCCCAGUCAACGACGCUGGCACUCAAUGCUUUGGUGGAAUUCAGCGUAACACUGGGAUUGGUUUCACCAUCUUCGGUGACAUUUUCUUGAAGAGUGUCUUUGCUGUUCACGAUGUGAGCACUGGUAGUCCAAGGAUCGGAUUUGCUAAGCAGUAG